GCCAUCCCUAGGUUUUUCAAAGAACAAAAAACGGCAGCAGUUUCAAUUUCAUUCCCAGUUUAUAGCAAAAGUAGUAAGCGACUAAAAGAACACACGGCAAACCAUGCCUUCGGCUGCUACCACAUUCACCAACAACAACAAUAAUAUAAGCAAGGAGAAACGCACCUCAGUGAGUUCUAUUGGUGCGAGCAGUGGAAAUGGUGGCGGAGGCGUGGGUGGCGUUAGCGGCGGCUGUAACAAUAGCAACGCUAGCAAUGGAGAGCAUAGCAGCAAUACCAAUCUAGCUGAUUAUGCCAAAUCUGGUGCGGGAGUGAGUGGAACUAGCGCCGCAGGCAGCCAGACUGAUCUGACCAACAACAAUAAUGUCAAUGCCAAAACGCUUAAACUGGCGGCCGCAGCGGCGGCGGCCAGCGAGGGGAAUAAUCCGAUGAAGCAAGUUCUGAUCGCCAUUGAGCACAAGAUUCGCAACUUGGAGAAGCGCAAGACCAAAUUGGAAUCGUAUCGCGCCAUACAAGCUGGUGGAAAAGAACUGAGUGCCGACCAGGCCGCUGCCGUUGCCAAGUAUGAAUCUGUGCUGGCCGCUCUGGAGUUUGCGCGCGAUAUAUCCAAGCAAACGCAAGUGACGUUCAAAGAGGCCGAAAAAGAGCAGAAGAAACAGGCCCGCAAGGAUAACCAAGCCAAGGCUGUGGCGGAGACCAUAAAGAUACGUGAAUUGCUUGUUAUGCAAAAUGUUCUUACCUGCUUCAACGAUGAGCAGGUGCGCACUGAUUUUCUGGCCGGAGAGAACGGAGCCUGUAAACUGGAGACUAAUGAACUCGAAGCGCUUGAGAAAUUCUUCAUGGAUGUGCAAACUCGUCGCCCAGAAACCACGGAUGAUGUCAGCUUCCUUACCACUGCCCAAAAGGCAGCCGACCUCUUUUCCAUGACCAUUAAUGCGCGCGCGAAGCCUUAUGCUGAGAUAACGUUCGAGAAACUGCGCGCAAUCUUCCAGCAGAUUCAGGACAGCGGCUACCUGGACAAGUACUAUAUGAUGCCGAUGUCUGAAGCAACGGGGCCUGGUAAUGGAACUGAUAGUGGCGCGGUUAGCGGUGAGGGCGAUGCGCUGCUUAACGAUGGUGUAGUUGCUGGUGAACUGGAUGCGCAAUUAACUGGCGCAUCGGCGCACAAUUCUCUGGAAGAUGGAUUGGACAAGCUGCCAUCUGGUGAGUUGCCUGAGCUGCAGCAGCCGGAACGCGGCCAAAUGAUGCACGAGUCACAACAUCAACGUGUGCCAAUCGAGCAGACCAUGGUUGUGCAGCAGCAGCAACAACAACAACAGCAGCAGCCACCGCCGCCGACGGGUUACAAUGCAGCUCCAGCUGCGGCUGUAACAGGCAACACGACUCCUGUACAUGUGCUCUACGCAGCAGCACAGCCGUCUGGACAUGUGGCUCCAGGACAACAUGCUCAUCAGUUAUUGAGCAGCAGUCCAGUGAAUCUCCAGGCUUUGCACGGUGUGCCUCCGCCGCAGCCACAACAUGCGGCGCCUACGCAGCAGCAAACACAACACUUUGGCCCAACUACAGUGCGUGCUGUUGAGAACAACUUCUUCAAGCCGCCACAGGCGCCAACACCACAGCAGCAGCAGUUCAUGCAGCAGCUGCGUCCAUUGGCCGAGGUCUUGGGCACUGGUAGCUUCCACUUUCUGCAGGACAGUGAACUGGACGCACCAGAGUCGAUGCCCCAGCAGCAGGCGCCACCACCACAGCAGCUGCCUGUUGCAGGCUUGGUGUUUGAGCAGCAACAGCAACAUAAUCAUGUAGAUGAACCCCAGGCCAUUACCACGCUAACCUUUACUAACCAAUCCUAUCCAAUGCAGCAGCAACAACAGCAGCAGCAGCAGCCGCCCCAGCAGCAACUGUUCUCCCCAGUGCUGUUGCACGAUCAGCAGCGUCAGCCCCAACAGCAGCCCAUGGUCAUCAUGGCACGCUUGCCACCACAGCAGCAACCGCCGCAGCAGGCGCCACAGCAACCCCCUCAAGGCAUUGGCAUGCAGCCUGGAGAUGUGACUGCUGUCUUCCCCUACGACAGCGCCGUCGUCAGCUAUGAGCAGCAACUGCAGCAGCAGUUGGGCAUCAAGCAGCCACCACAACCCCAGCACGAUGAGCAGCAGCAGCAACAACAACAACAGUCUUCAGUUAACGAUGUAGAGAACAACGACUGGCAUGCGCGUAACACCAAUGCGGCAGCCACAGCCGCUUUGACCAAUGUGCUCAAAACCCAAUCUUCGGCGCUGGCGGAACAGACAGUCACAACGCCAACGGCUCCGUCCAACAAGUGGAGCAGCGAGAUGAAUGCCAUGAGCAGUGCCGCCUCGAACGGCAGCAACGGUAGCAAUGGCAAGCAGGAUUGGGCCACGCCACGUGACAACAGCGGCGGACGUGGUGGCGGUUACGGCAAUGACAACGACUCGGGUAACAAUCACUGGAACAACUCAGGCAACCAACAAGAAAAUGGAAAUCGACGCAACUCUGGUAACUAUCAGCGACGCAAUGGCGGCGGCGAUGAGCGUGGACGCAACGGUGGCGGCAACUAUCGUGCGCGUCAAUAUGGCAACUCCUCGUCCCAGCAGAACGGACGCAACAGCAGCGUCUAUUUCCGCAACAAUGAGUCCAGCGGUGGCAACAACGGCUACUACCAGAAUGGCGGCGGUAACGGCAAUGGUGGCUACAACAAGGAGUCGCGCUAUGAAUCCUCUGGCGGUAACUCGUAUCGUGGUCAGCGCGGCGGUAACCAGCGCAAUGGUCGACCCAUGGGAGAUCGUGGUGGUGGCUACAUGAACCAGCGUCAGUCACAGCAGCAGCGCAUGCCGCUAACUUUGGAGAAUAAGAACUAAGCAGCGAAAUCAGCUGUUCGGCCUCAACACUUGUAUUAAAAGUAAAAGCUCCUCAUGUAAACACAAAUGCAUAAACACAACCAAACACACACACACACACUCACUCACAAACAUCAUCAUUAAGAAUAAAACACAAUCACACACAAACACUCGCAUACACACACACACACACCCAUGUACAAGCGACGUUACCACGUUGGCGUAGGAUUAACGGUUAGUCAGCUAUGUGAGAGAGGCUCCCAUUUGUGGGAGCAGGAAAGCAGAGAGCGCAAGUGAAAAAAGCAAACAAACAGUUUGAGCAUUUUUUUUAAAUACAAUUAAAUGUUUCUAUAUG